UGGCCAAACACAACGUUCAUUUAUUCAUGUUGGUUCGUACGUGACGGAAUCGGCUAGUGUGAUGGUGGCGGAAGCGUUUGGAAAGUAGUGUAGUUCCCCGUGCGUUCAUUAUUUAUUUCCCCAUCCGCCGCCGUUUUUCGUUAUAGGUAAUAAUAAUAAUUUGUAUAAAAGAAGAAAAAACGACCGCCACCAAAAUAAUAAUAUGCCGUGUUCCCCGUGUUAGUGCAGUUAUUUUUUUUUCACCGUUUGUGUUCGUCGUUAUCGCGCGCCCAAGUGCUCGUGUACCGUCACCGUCGUUACAACAAGCCGUCGGUGUGUAUGCCGUCCAAAAUGGAAUUGCGUUUGCACAGUCCUGUGGGCGCUGAACCCGUACUGUACAAAUGGCCGAUGAUAAUCGGAAGUGGCUCGGACAAACAUGAUGGCUCUAUAGGAAUAAUAGACACAAUAAAAUGGGUAUGCGAAGAUUUUCCUGACAUGAAGAUUCCACUUGAAAACAACAUCCUCUGCGACUACGACACAAAAUCGUAUGAAAGCAUGAAGACUCUGUGUGACAGGUUCAACAAGGCAAUCGACAGCAUGGUGCAAAUGAAUAAAGGUACUUCUUUACAAAAAUUCAGUAAGAAAGCUUCCAGAGGACUCCUUCGUCAUAUUAUACAACAAGUAUACAAUGUUUCCGUUAGCGAUCCCGAUAAAUUGAACCAAUAUGAACCGUUUUCACCUGAGGUUUACGGAGAAACGUCUUAUGAUCUCAUUUGUCAAAUGAUCGAUCUAAUCAACAUUACAGAAGAAGACAUAUUCAUCGAUCUUGGAUCAGGUGUCGGCCAAAUUGUUCUACAAAUGGCUGCAUCUACCCAAUGCAAAAUCUGUUGGGGCGUUGAAAAAGCCGAUGUACCUUCGUCUUAUUCUGAGUAUAUGCAUACAAAUUUUCAAAAAUGGAUGUCUUGGUACGGCAAACGGUAUGGAGAAUAUAAACUUAUCAAAGGAGACUUUUUAAGCGAAGAACACCGAGAAAAGAUAACUAGCGCUUCUAUUGUUUUUGUUAACAACUAUGCCUUUGGACCUCAAGUUGAUCAUGCGUUAAAAGAGCGUUUCGCUGAUCUUAAAGAUGGAGCUAGAAUAGUAUCAUCGAGGUCAUUUUGUCCUCUUAACUUUCGAAUGUCGGAACGAAACUUAAGUGAUAUUGGAACUAUUAUGCAUGUGUCAGCUAUGGAGCCCAUAACAGGCUCAGUGUCUUGGACUUGUAAUCCUGUUAAGUAUUAUCUACAUGUGAUCGAUCGGACAAAGCUCGAGCGGUUUUUUACUCAGAAUAAGCUUCCUGUUUCAAAAUCAUCAAGGGUGAAUGGAGAAAAACAAAAACCGGUUGUAACAACAAAUGGUAAUGUUAACAGUUCGUCCGAUGAUACAGACUCAUUGUUAAGCACUUUAAACAGCGAUAGCGUCGACGGAAGUACAACUAUUAGUAUGGUUUCUGAUAAAACAAAACCUACAAAUAACGACCGACAAUCUUGGUCAGACGUAGGUGGCCACAAUAGCGAAGGAGAAUUUGAAAAUACUAGUGAUAACCAGAGUAGAGCUAGCAGAAAAUUAAUGAAACGCAAUACUCCUCGCCGCAGCCGCAGUUUUAAAAUCAACCCUACUAACGGACUACACAACAGAUUACAUUCUGAAGUGGCACCAAUUGUAAAAGUUGUUGAGAAAAACAACAACACCAAAGGAGGAAAACGAGCCACUUCAAAUAAUCGCAAACAGAAAACAACAAGGCGCAAAGCUCCCAAAAGGCAUGUUAAAAUAUCUGCGUCUCUCAAUUUGUUACACAGUGAAACUGUUCUCAGUACCACACCCGAAGUAUCAAUGAGUAUUAAAGAGCCACCAAAAGGAUGCAUCGAUCAUACAUUAACUUCAAUUACCGGAGUGGGAGCAGGAUAUGCAGCCACUCAUACUGAAUUGCCGCCUCCAAGUGGGGAUAUUCCAUACUCCUUACAAUUGGUUUUAGAUGAUUAUAAAGAAGGUUUUAUGAAAAUCAUAAAUAACUUCAAAACUAAGAAGUUUAGAGAAGAUGUCGAAGAGGCGAUCAAAGCGGAAAAGGAAAAGAAACAACACUUAAAUAUGAAAAUUCAUCAAAUCAAGAAACAAGUUGACCAUUUAAUCAAAGACAGCUGUAGCCUUUUGAAAACUCGUAUGAAAGAACUGGAUAUAUAUCCUACGAAUACCGCUGAAGACGUCUUGACUGCCGCUAAAGUCAUCGUAUUGAGACAUAAAGAAUUGCAAACCAAAGUAGCCAAAACAAAAAAUGAGACAAAUGUAUUAGAAAACCAGUGUUGGGACUUGUACUCACAACGUGCAGCUGAAGUAAACUCUGUGGGUACACCUGGAUCAUUGUCUUUACAACAGUCUGAAAAUCCUGUCGAGCAAGAAACUCGCGUUCAAAAAUUGUUAAUGACUGAGCUUAUGGAAAACCGGAAAAGAAAACAAAUACUAUCAAAAACGAUUGAAUCGGUUAAAACCGAAAUUGACGAUUUGAUUAAAAAAGAAAAUGACACGCACGCAAAAAUAUAUAACAACGCUAUUCAAAUGAUGAACAAUAAAAAAUCGAGAAUUCGUUCACAGGAUUGGCCAGACGUACCAGAUAUAGCUAAAAUUGAUGAAAAGAAUCCAGAAAUUUUAGCGCAAAAAAUUCUAGAAACUGGCCGGCAGAUAGAAGCGAGAAAAAUCGUUGAUAAUGGAAAACAAAUAGAAAUGACCAUGCGGUAUCAGCGCUCGACCAAAAACUGUAAUAGACCUUCAUCGGACACACCGCUCAAAGUACCUUUUUAUGAUGAACACGUCAAAGAUCUCAUUACAAGCGCUCUUAAUGAGCCAUCGUCCAAAGGACCUGAUUACUCUGUGGCUUCGCCAGCCAAAGUCGCCCUGCGUAGACAUUUGUCACAGGAAAAAAUAUCACCUACUCUGCAACCUAUACAACAACAACAACAACAAAAUGUUAUUGCCAGAACAAUUGGCGAUGUUUUAAAUAAUGAAAUAGAAAGAUGUUUAGAAAUGGACCGACAACAUCGUACAUUAGAAAUAAGCAACCAGUCAAUUAUAAAUGCUGUUGUUCCAUUGUCUAUGCACAACAAUAGAACCAAAGAAAAUCAGCUGUGCAACCAAUCGUUGGCCUCUGAAAAACAGCGAUCGUUUAAGUACAUACCUUUGCCCAAAGCGGAACUCAAACCGUACCAAGAAUCGCUUUUCAGCGAUGACACUCCACCUCCUCAUUUGGCCACUUUAAAAGAAGAACCAGUUGAAGGUUUGGCUGCAUCGUUACAUGAUCGGCUGCUUGAUAAUGAUGGAGACGAUAGCAAUGGAGACGAAGGUCUGUCGUUUAAAGAAGAAAAGACUGAAUCCGACACGCAAUCGCCUCACAGAAUGCUCAAACGAAGAUCCCAAUCACCUGGAUCAAUACCUACGAAAAAAAAGAUGCCCAUGUCCGAGAGAGUACCGUCCGAAGAAGAUGAAAAGUGGAACGACCGUAUUCGUGAGAGAUUUGACAAUUUGGUGACAUUUGCAUCGCUCGAAUUAGACAAACGACGCCGCAACAGUUCUGAUGCCGCGGCUAACACCAGUCCGGAUAGCGGUAUUGGCCACGGUGAUCCACCUCCAGCAUUGCAGCCACCACCCUCGCCGUCACCACCAUUUUCCCCCGCUCCCUUGGACGGACCCUACAGCCCUGUGCCUGCGCCAGCUGUCACUGCACCUAACAUCCCGUUAAGAUAUCAACGUCUCGCAAGUCAUAAAAAAAAAUCAUUCCGCGACAAGUUUAGAUCGACUGGUCCUAAAGCAAAAACAUGGGCAGCAAAAUGGAUGGAUGCUGAAAUUGAAAACACGAACGGCUUUUUUUAACUUUAAGAUUUUAUAUUCCACUAGUUUAAUUUUAAAAUUUUAUAUUUGUUAUAAAAAUUUUAGACAUGUAUCUUGACAAAUUCACUCGAAAUUUUUAGGUACCAAUCUUCUAAAACUCUUCUCAUUCAUUUGUUUAAUAAAGUAACAAUACAAACAAAAAAUUGUCAUAGAAACAUAUUUUUCAUUAAAGAUAAUAUGUGUUAUUUUUGGAAACAAUGUUUUCAAACAAAACAUUACAUAUUUAUACAAAAGUUGCGUUUUUUAUUAUUAUGCAACAAUAGGUUCCUUAUUGUAAUUUUUUUUUUUUUUUGUGUAUUUAAUGGAAAAAUAUAGAUUAUUAUGUUUACAUGAUAGUAAGAACUAAUUAAUAGAGAACAUUUAUGCAAUGAUGUAUUUGUAAGGGUAUAUGCUGUAUGUAUUCACCUCCAAUUUUUUAUGUGUGUACUGUGACGAUCAUACAUCCAAAAAAAAGUGGAUAGUGAAUACACAUGGUGUAUGUACAAAAGUACACCACUGUAUUUAUGCAAUUUCUCUUCUGUAACUGCCUUUAGUUUAAUUUGAUUACCAACUAUUUUUUUUAAUUUAAUUUUUUUUUGUUAUUUCUUGUGUAUGGACUUUGAAUCAUUAAUCAAAUUAUUUAUUCUGUUUAAUGAUAAUAAUACUUUUGAUUAAAAAUUAAGUACUUAACCCUGUAAAUAAUUUCUCUUUAAACAAAUUGUAUAAUAAUUAGGUUUUCAUACCAUAUAGUGAUAUUGUGUUCUUUUAUUGUUUUUUUUUUUUUUAUUUAAGCCUUGUUAUUAGUAUUUGGUAUUAUUGAUUGUAUAUUACUAUUUUUCGUGUAUAUAACCAUGUGUCUCAUAUUUUGUGCAGUUAUUUCUCGUAAAUUCAAAUCCGUUUUGACACAAAUUCAAAACUUUGGUACGUAUUUGUUUUGAACUAAGUCAAAAUAGCUCACCACUGCCUUUUGCGAAGGACCCCCUUAAUUAAUGAAUUGCAAUUUGUAUAGUAUAAUAUGUAAUUAAUUGAUUAGCUUAUUUGACAUAAAUUUUGUACUAUUAUUAAAUGGGGGAAACUUAGACUUUUCAAUUUAAAAAAAAAUUCUUUUUAUAAUAAAUUUUUCCAAACUGCCACUCGUUAAAAGUGUUCAAAUAAUUUAAAUUGUAACUUUUUUUUUU